UGCAGCCAUCUUGCCUGCGGGCAAGCCUUACCGCUGAGCUGGCCUUCCCGGUCGCGCGGGGAGUGCCGGGAGCAGGCGGCGGCGGCGGCGGCUGGAGCGGCGCGGGCAGAGCUUCUGCAGUCCCAUGGCGACAUACCUAGAGUUUAUCCAACAAAACGAGGAGCGUGAUGGAGUGCGUUUCAGCUGGAAUGUGUGGCCCUCCAGCAGGCUGGAGGCCACAAGGAUGGUUGUCCCCCUGGCCUGUCUGCUGACUCCACUGAAGGAGCGUCUUGACCUGCCGCCUGUGCAGUAUGAACCAGUGCUUUGUAGCAGACCAACUUGCAAAGCAGUACUCAACCCACUCUGCCAAGUUGACUAUCGGGCCAAGCUCUGGGCUUGUAAUUUCUGUUUUCAGAGAAAUCAGUUCCCUCCAGCAUAUGCAGGCAUAUCUGAGCUCAAUCAACCAGCAGAACUUAUGCCUCAGUUUUCAACAAUUGAGUAUAUAGUGCAGCGAGGUCCUCAGACACCAUUGAUCUUCCUGUAUGUUGUCGACACAUGCUUGGAAGAAGAUGACUUACAGGCUCUGAAGGAGUCCCUGCAGAUGUCCCUAAGUCUGCUGCCUGCUGACGCUCUGGUGGGGCUUAUCACUUUUGGCAGAAUGGUCCAGGUUCAUGAGCUGAGCUCCGAAGGGAUUUCCAAGAGUUACGUGUUUAGGGGCACAAAGGACCUGACAGCUAAGCAAAUACAGGAUAUGCUUGGGCUUUCAAGGCCAGCUGUCCCCAUGCAACAGGGAAGACCUCUUCAGCCUCACGAACAGCCUGUUAUUUCAAGCAGGUUUCUGCAGCCGGUACAUAAGAUUGACAUGAAUUUAACAGAUCUGCUUGGAGAACUGCAAAGGGACCCAUGGCCAGUGAUGCAGGGAAAGAGGCCUUUACGGUCCACCGGAGUAGCUCUUUCUAUUGCUGUUGGCCUGUUGGAGGGCACCUUUCCAAACACAGGGGCCAGGAUAAUGUUGUUCACAGGUGGGCCACCAACGCAAGGACCGGGCAUGGUGGUAGGAGAUGAACUGAAAACACCCAUCCGUUCUUGGCAUGACAUAGAGAAGGACAACACAAGGUUAAUGAAGAAGGCCACCAAACACUAUGAGACUUUGGCUAAUCGCACUGCAGCCAACGGUCAUUGCAUUGACAUCUAUGCCUGCGCCCUGGAUCAGACCGGCCUGCUAGAGAUGAAGUGUUGUGCGAACCUCACUGGAGGCCACAUGGUGAUGGGAGACUCCUUCAACACCUCUCUCUUCAAGCAGACCUUCCAGCGAGUGUUUAACAAAGGAUUCAAUGGGGAAUUUCGGAUGGCUUUUGGUGCAAGUUUGGAAGUGAAGACCUCUAGGGAGCUGAAAAUUGCAGGAGCUAUUGGACCGUGCAUAUCCCUGAAUGCUAAAGGGCCAUGUGUCUCUGAAAAUGAGCUCGGAAUUGGAGGAACAUCUCAAUGGAAAAUUUGUAGCCUGGAUCCAAGCACAACUCUGGCCAUUUACUUUGAAGUGGUAAAUCAGCACAAUGCACCAAUACCUCAGGGAGGCAGAGGGGUGGUUCAGUUUGUCACUCAGUACCAGCACUCCAGUAUGCAGAAACGCAUUCGAGUCACCACCAUAGCCAGAAAUUGGGCAGAUGCACAGAGUCAGCUCCAGCAUAUAGAGGCUGCGUUUGACCAGGAAGCAGCUGCCGUGCUAAUGGCACGGUUAGGAGUGUAUAGAGCUGAAUCUGAGGAGGGACCUGAUGUACUGCGAUGGCUGGACAGACAGCUGAUCAGACUGUGUCAGAAAUUUGGACAGUACAACAAAGAUGAUCCUAAUUCCUUCAGAUUGUCGGAAUCAUUUUCUUUGUAUCCCCAGUUCAUGUUCCAUUUGCGACGCUCCCCAUUCCUGCAGGUCUUCAAUAACAGCCCAGAUGAAUCUUCUUAUUACCGUCACCACUUUGCUAGGCAAGAUCUGACCCAGUCUCUCAUUAUGAUCCAGCCCAUCCUUUAUGCUUAUUCUUUCUGUGGACCUCCUGAGCCAGUGCUUUUGGACAGCAGCAGUAUUCUUCCAGACAGAAUCCUCCUGAUGGAUACUUUCUUCCAGAUAGUUAUCUACCUUGGUGAGACUAUUGCACAGUGGCAGAAAGCUGGUUACCAAGACAUGCCUGAAUAUGAAAACUUCAAGCACUUACUGCAAGCCCCGCUGGAUGACGCCCAGGAAAUCUUGCAGACUAGAUUCCCAAUGCCACGUUACAUCAACACUGAACAUGGGGGCAGUCAGGCCCGGUUCCUCUUGUCUAAAGUGAACCCUUCUCAGACCCACAAUAACCUCUAUGCAUGGGGACAGGAAUCAGGAGCUCCAAUCUUAACAGACGAUGUUAGCCUCCAGGUAUUCAUGGACCAUCUAAAAAAGCUGGCAGUUUCAAGUGCAUCGUAACUUUGAUCUAACCAGGAAGGAAGAACAGAAGAGUUGCAUAAAUCAUGUUGGUGAUAGAAGUGGAGCAACUUACUGCAUUCCCUUCUCUUUUUUAGACUAAGACUUUUAAAUAUUACAUGAAAUAGAUAUUCAUGGGGAGUUUUGUACUUGGCUCUUCUAGCUAUUAAUUUAUUUCUGUUCCUUUUUGUCUCGAUUUAAUCCAUGUAUUUUUUCAUACAUUGUAAUCGGAGCCGAAGGAUGUUUUAGCUAAUAUAGAUCUUAAGCCUUGAGCAUAAUUUUUAAAUGUUGUGUGUUCUUAAAAUGUUUCUUUUACCAACUCUCUCAAAAAGCAGGAACUGUAUUAAUGAAAAAUAAAACUAGCUUUAAUAUUUAGUACUAUUCCAAAUGUGGCUGUGUGAGCACUUGACUUGGCAAAACUCCUCUGCAUUUCUGAAAACAGAACACAGGGGCAUAGAGAUAUUACUGAAAAUAACCGCCACUGCCGUUAUCUAACCAACGCCAAGCAGCCCCCGCCGCCAUCUUCCCUACGAGCCCCGCGCCGCGGCGCCUGCGCCACCACGUGGGGCCGCGUCUGCCCGCCGAUUGGUGACAGCGCAGCCGGUGAGGGCGGGCGUUGCUGGGGGCGAUGCGGGCGGCAGUGUGGACGGCGCGCUCGGCGCUGCUGUACUCGGUGGGCGGUUGGACGAUGCUGGGGGCCCUGCUCCACCACACCCAGACCAGCGGCGGCGGCGGAGGCGGGGGGCCCGAGAAGGAAAGUGAUCCUGAGGCAAGCCAAACAGCCCGAAGAGAAGUAAUUACUACCAAUACACCUAUAGGCAUACAAAUCACAACAGUGGUGACGUACCAGGAGAAGCCUGAAACUCCUCUGGCUCGACUGUGCCAGCGUGUGAAAUUAUUCUUUGAUUCCCUUGAUGAUGGUUCUUCUAAAAAUUAAUGCGGUCUGGAAACUUGGAAUUUUGUGCUGAUGCAGAGGAGAGCUGGCUUAUCCAAGAAGUUCAUCUUGAUACGUGAUAUCAGAAUGCCAGUGGAAAACUUUCUCUUGCAUCGUUGAAACAACAGGUCCAUAUCCGAAAUAACUUUGCAAAGCUUUGCAGAUCUUCUCAUCUGCUCAAAUCAAUGGCUUUCUUUGCACAUGUAUUCAAAUUAUUAAACAUGAACUGUCUUCAACUAAA